CUAGUGCGACGUUGAACAGAAAGGAGCAGACCCGGAAGCACAACGCUAACCGUAAACACAGCUGUAAGGCUGUUUUGCCUUCUGAAAGAUGGUGUACGUGUCCAACGGCCAGGUCCUGGACAGCAGGUCCCAGUCCCCCUGGAGCCUGUCGUUCCUGACUGAUAUGUUCUGGGGGGCUGUGGAGUUCAUCAGCCUCUUUUUUAGGACAAUACUUCACCCUGACUUGUCAAAGAAAGGAAAUGUGGCUUCAUCACGCUUCAGUGAUGGCAGAGGACCUCCAGGUCCUCCUGGUGGCAGAAGGCGGAUGGGUCGAAUAACUCACGGAGCGGGUCCCAACCCUCCACCAAUGGGUGGAGGAGGAUGAGGAAGGUAAACGCCUGCACAUACAGUGUGGGCGUGGGGCCCAGCACAGUGUCUGUCCUCUGAGAGCACACAGACGGUAACGGCACCGUGCUGAAGCCCUUCUUCAUCAGCUGCCACUGCUGUUAGCAGUUUCUUGACGCCUUUCUGGGAAUACCUACACAUAGGAGCCGGAUUGGUCGAUUCAGCAGCUGUCUGCAUCCCUCCUUCCCGUUUAUGUUUUUCCUCUGCUUCUGUCCUUCCAGGUCACAUCAAUGUCUUACUCAUUUAGGUUCUGGUCAUCCUCUGGAAUCACCAUCAUUUAGUUUCUUUCUUUUACUUUGUGUUUAAAUAAAUGAUCUAUACUGAGACCAAAACACACAAAUGGCGUAAACUGUAUAAAGCAAGGACGAUUGUUUCUAUUGUUUUGACUAAGAUUUUACAAUGUAGUUAUUUUGUGAGUGGAAAAAUAAAAUAAAUAAAGUAAAAAUA